AUGGGGAUGUUCCCGCCGCCACUGUCUCGUUCGAACAGCGUACAGAGCGAAGCUCAUCGUGGCGAAGCGAUCUUGAACGAAGCGGAGAAAGAGGCUCUCAUUGACAACUGGCUCAAGCGGUGGAUGGCGAUGGCAAUCAAGGGCCACCCUAAAGCCUAUACCGGGGCUCUUGAAAUGCUGGGUGAUAAACCGAACAUUGCCAAAAAAUGGGAGUUGUACAAGACCAUACAGGUACACUCGAAAGCGAAUGCUCGGCAACAGCGCGCACAGCAACUACAAGCAUUGCAACCACAACCGCAUCAACCUCGAGAAGUCAUCGACUUGACCAGUAACAAGCGCAAAGACCCGCCCACCGCAUCCAACGAGCCGCCUAAGAAGCGCCAGAUCGUCGACCUCACCCAGCCCCGCCGCGACCAGUUCUCUAAUCACGAACCACAAGCCCCCGUGCUCCUCGAUGCACCCGGCGGAGACAAGAUCGCUGUCGUCCCCAUUCCCGAACUCGCCGCCACGGACGACUUACAAGCCCACGCGACCAUCUUCGGCGUAAAUGCGCACGAUCUCGAGCUCAACGGUCCCAUCUUCACAAGUGUACAAAACUCCACUCCUGCCCCGCCCCCCGUUCCCGAUCACCCCGCGCGCCCUCAUGUAAAUCUCGUCUCCGCGCCCAAAAUACAUCCAGAUCAGGAUAUCACAAUUUGGAUCCCCGACAUGGAAGUGGCUGCGGCGAAGGCGAAGAUCAACUCUGGACAAUACGACUUCACGUGGUCGAACGGUAUUGUGGAUGAUGUUGAGCCAGUUACAGACGAGCUGCUGGAGGGGAUUGGAUGUGAGAGGGAAGAAGAUGGGCUGUGGAGGGCACCUUCUCCUAUGCUCAGUGAGGAGAAAGCGAAUGUAGAGUGGAGUAUGGUAAGUAGAAGUAGGGAGAGGAGUUUCGCUCCGUAG